CGCUUGGCUUAGUGCGCGCCUCGCCUCGUCAACUGAUGGAAAACCUGUUAGUAAAAGCAGGCAUUUUUGUUUAAACUAAAACGUCACCGGUUUGAUAAUUUAGAAUGCAAAUUAUUUGCAGAUUAAUAAACUAGGUCGUUGGGCUCGCCGCGACAACCCCAUCGAUACUACGGCGAAUUGCGGUGGUAUUCGUUACUAUUCGGGACCAUGUACUUAUACUAAUAUUAUUAUUUGGACUUCGCCUCUAGUGUUUUUAAAUAGUUAAAGUGAAUGUUUUCUAUUAGACCCUACAUAGCAGUACUAAAUAUAUUAACCUCCCGCCGAAGUAUUAACAGAGAAAUACCAAAAUAAAAAAUACAUUUGCCCGCUUAGUGACGACUGUAAUACACAAGAUUUGGCCGCGAAAACAAGAUCAACGAACCAAUAUCUCUUAAAAUAGGAACAUUGAAUAUGGUUUAAGUAUCAUCAAAGCAUUUUGUCCAAAAUCGCCUUGAUAUACAUAUAUAUAUAUUGAACUAAUCAUGAUGCUAACGACGGAACACAUCAUGCACGGCCACCACCCGCAUUCGUCCGUCGGUCAGAGUUCACUUUUUGGGUGUUCGACGGCGGGUCACAGUGGCAUUAAUCAAUUGGGCGGCGUCUAUGUUAACGGAAGGCCGUUGCCCGAUUCAACGCGUCAGAAAAUAGUGGAAUUGGCCCAUUCAGGUGCUCGUCCAUGUGAUAUUUCAAGGAUUUUACAAGUAUCCAACGGGUGUGUUAGCAAAAUUCUUGGCAGAUAUUAUGAAACAGGAUCAAUUAAACCACGAGCGAUAGGUGGUUCAAAGCCACGCGUAGCCACGACUCCUGUCGUACAAAAAAUUGCUGACUAUAAACGGGAAUGCCCAAGUAUAUUCGCGUGGGAAAUCCGGGAUCGUCUUCUAUCGGAACAAGUUUGCAAUAGUGAUAAUAUACCAAGUGUUUCAUCUAUAAAUCGAGUAUUACGGAAUUUAGCCUCUCAAAAGGAGCAGCAGGCGCAGCAACAAAGUGAAUCAGUUUAUGAGAAGCUUCGAAUGUUUAAUGGCCAGACCGGUGGAUGGGCCUGGUAUCCAAGUAAUACAACGACGGCCCAUUUAGCAUUACCACCAGCGACAUCAUCAGUGUCAGUAUCAACCCCCACAAAUUUAUCUGGACAAAUUAAUCGAGAGGAUAUCCAGAAAAGAGAUUUACAAUACUCUGCGGACGUAUCUCAUCCAAACUCCCAUGAUAGUACGUCCGAUGGCAAUUCUGAUCAUAAUUCAUCGGGUGACGAGGACUCGCAAAUGCGACUAAGGCUAAAAAGAAAAUUGCAACGAAAUCGAACAUCAUUUUCAAAUGAACAAAUUGAUAGUUUGGAAAAAGAAUUUGAACGAACACACUACCCGGAUGUUUUUGCCCGAGAAAGGCUUGCAGAUAAAAUUGGUUUGCCAGAGGCACGUAUUCAGGUCUGGUUUUCCAACCGACGAGCUAAAUGGCGACGGGAAGAAAAAAUGCGAACACAGAGAAGGCCGACGGAAAAUGCUGGAAGUGGAAGAGGCAGCACAGGGCAAAAUAAUAAUAAUCCUUCGGGAACGGGAGCAUCGGUAUCAGCCACCGUUGUCACGUCAAAUAAUUCCCCAUCUGGUAUUGGUAGCUUAGCAGUCAACAGUUCGGAGCGUGCAUCGUCGUCAGCAAUAAUUAGCAAUAACCUUUCCGAGACAACAACAAGUGCACCAACCGUUCUCGGAGGUGACGCCAAUACGCAUACGACUUCUGAAAGUCCACCACUUCAAGCAGUAGCACCACGGAUACCCUUAAAUAGUGGAUUUAAUGCCAUGUACUCAUCUAUUCCGCAACCAAUUGCAACAAUUGCAGAAAAUUACAAUUCAUCAUUAAGCUCGAUGACGCCUACCUGUUUGCAACAACGAGAUGCCUAUCCCUAUAUGUUUCACGAUCCCUUAUCGCUAGGAUCCCCAUAUGCUCCACCCCACCAUCGAAAUACCAGUUGUAAUCCUGCCGCGGCGCAUCAACAGCCACCUCAGCAUAGUGUUUAUGGCAAUAGCACUGCAAUGCCGUCAUCAAGUACAGCGUUUUUACAGGUGUCAUUUCUGCUGGUGUUUCAGUCCCCGUACAAAUUUCAACGCAAAAUGUAUCUGAUUUAACCGGAAGUAAUUACUGGCCGCGUCUUCAGUGAUCGUCAAUCAUAACUUUGUCUCCAAAAAUAUUGUCAAAAGCACAUUUCGUAGCAAAAGAAGAAAACUAUGCUUCAAACAAUAGCAACGAUUGCCCACCAGAUGUUAAUAGUUCAACUAUUAUGCCCUGUUCAUUAAAAUAUCUGAGUUUAAGUGGCGGAAAAGGUGCGGGAGAAAGUAAGGAUAUAAUCGGCCAAAGUCUUAUAGUACCCAUAUCAUCAUCACCAUCUUCAUCGUACUUGUCAUCUACUGCAAAAUCAUUUGCUGCCAACUUUUACCCAAAUUUAAAAAUAAUAUAAAAGUGCAGAAAUAAUAAAGAAAAAAAAACAAGCUAAACCCUUGCAGUUUGCGAUUGAGUCGACACGAUCGAGCUAAAAAAAAUAAGAUGGACAAAGGGACAGAGCGAAUAAAAUUCUUGCUAAAAUUAUAUGUAAUGCAAGGGUAAAAAGAAAGCUUCAAAAUAUUAUAUUACUUUGUGUACUUAUAUUUCACAUUUUCAGAUAUUUUAAUUUACAUUAUUUCCAUUAUAGCUGUGCAAUUUAUUUCGAAAUAAAAAUGAUAUAUUUUAUAAUCAGCAGAUAUUUUUAUUUGUAUA